GGUAUUUAGUGACUCUUUAAUGUACGUUCAGUAUAAAAUAUAUUUUUUCGGUUUCCAUUUGGUGAUAAGCGAUCUGUUUGGUAAUCAUUCGCAAGCACACAGAGAAUAUUAGAAUAUUGUUUGUAUAACAAAUCGGUUCAAUAAUUUUUGACAGAUAAAUCAGUGCGCAUCAAAAUAAACAAAGCAUACACAUAGAAACAUACUUUUCUAUUUCUUGUUUUGGAGCAUUAAGAAAUUUAAAUUUUUUUACAAGAAAUCUUUUACUGAUUCUCUGAAGCAAUGUUGCUAACUUGGGCUAUUUUACUCGCUGCUGCCCUGGAGAGCGCCAGCUGUCAAGACGCCAAGAAUACGGAACAAUUAUUUGGCGAUAUAUACUAUGAGAUCGGUAGCUUCUCUUUGCGUUACAGUGAUCCCAGCGAACGCGGUAAUAAGUGUCUGCGUGAAGUGCCCGCACGCUAUUUCCAGACCACACCCGGGGUUCCAAUACAUGGUAAUGGCUCUACCGUUCACUGGCAACGUAUCGAAGUUUGUUGCGAGGGUUACGUACGCUCGCGUCAUGAUCCCGAUCAAUGCGUACCCGACUGUUCGACCGUUUCGCCGAGUAAUUGCCGCAACGGUUUUUGUCGUGCACCCAAUGAAUGCGAUUGCUUUGCGGAAUUUGUGCGAAAUGAACGUGGCGAAUGUGUACAUACCUGCCCGAUUGCAUGCGAACACGGCCGUUGCUAUUUGAAUGGAACUUGUCAGUGUGAUCCUGGUUAUAUACUGGAUGCGGAGACACGAAAAUUUUGUCGCGCCAAAUGUCCACGUAACUGUGGUACACACCAGAUAUGCGUGACACCGGGCAUAUGUGUUUGUGUAGAGGGUUACAAGAUGACGCCGGAGAUGGGUUGUCAACCAGUGUGCACACCCGACUGUGGACAUGGCAAAUGUGUGGGCCCGAAUAGAUGCGAGUGCUUCCAGGGUUACCACAAGCGACCAAUGCGAAAGGUCUGUGAAGCUGACUGUUACGUAAGCUGUGAAAAUGGCUUUUGUGAAUCACGCAAUAAUUGUCAGUGCCGAGAUGGUUAUAAGUAUGAUGUGGACACGACCAGUUGCUUACCAGAUUGUGGCGAUAGUUGCGGCAAUGGCAUUUGCAUUGCACCUGGGGUGUGUAAAUGUUUCGAAGGAUAUGAAUAUAGAGAGCUAAAUUGCGAGCCAAUAUGUGAGAGGGAUUGCGGCCACAAUGGUAAAUGUUUGGAGCCCGGUGCAUGUGGCUGCAAACAAACUCAACUCAUUUGCCGUGGUGGUAUUUGCGAUCAAAGCGGCCGCUGCAUUUGUCCAAUCGGAAGAUCGCAUUUUAUUGAUCGCUGCAUCGAAGUGCAAAAAUUGACAGAGCUGGAGACUGACUAUGAGCAAGUAGAGCAUCUUAAUCUGCAAUUAAGACGAGAGUUCCGUGCACUCAUUGGACGGCAUUUUCAGUUUAAGCACUAA